AUGUCUCCCUGCUUCCCGAAUAAUCCUCUCUGUAGUAUGUUUCAGCAACUCAACUCCCCUUUCAUUGAUCUUUCUUCCAACGAGCUACCAGGCGGCAUUCCAUCUAGCUUUUCAGCACUCUCUCAACUGCAAUACUUGAACCUCAACUACAUUCAAGUCACUGGAGAAAUCCCCACUUGCAUAUUCUCACUGACACAUUUGAAACAGCUGUCUCUACGGGGCAAUCAGCUGAAUGACUCGAUCCCCUCAGAUAUCAGCUCUCUUACAAACCUGGAGAUUCUGUGGCUUGACAGGAACAAACUUACUGGAUCGAUUUCAACUGCCAUUGGCAACCUUGCCAAUUUCAGAAAUUUGUCUCUCGCCAACAACCUUUUUUUUGGACGCAUACCAGACACAGUCACCUUGCUCACAAAACUCAAAACCUUCGACCUCUCCAACAACUAUUUCACUGGCGCCCUUGUGAAGCCUGCUAACGUGCUGGCUGUGCUUUCAUACAACUACCUCUCGGGCGUGCUGCUUCAACAGCAGCCCGACGCGUUAGAUGCUAACUGCUUCAAACUGCCUGCUGGGGAAACCUCACCAGUGCAGCGCCCCCAGUCAGCAUGCCGGGCGUUUUGCGGCAUUGCCAUUGGUUCUACCUCUGCUCGUUGCAGCGGUCAUGGAGUGUGCUACCCUGAUGGGCCUAACUUGGUGCCUACGUGCUCGUGCGAUGCAGGGUUCUACACUUUUCGAGGGACUUACUGCCUCGUUGAUGAAACGGUCAUUGCUGCUCCACUUGAGAAGAUGAUUCUUCCCCCGUCAACUGUGCUGACUACAGGAACGAAGAAGGAAAAAGUGGGGACGUUUACUGCAGAUCCGGUGCCCUUGUUUGUGUACGAGAAAGGGCGGGAAAACCCAGGGUGCGGGUUUGAGCUGGCAUUCAGUGUCAACUUCACCUUCACACUCUCACCCAUGGGCAAAGCAGUUUCCAACGGCUUUGCCUUUGUCGUCUCGGCAAAAAACACAGUGGGGAGCGAUGCUGGGGUGGGGUAUGGUGGGAUGGACACCCGAAGCACGGCUGUAGAGUUUGACGUGCUUCAGACAAAGGCUCAUUUAGACAUGAAAGACCAGCACGUGGGCCUCAACAUUCAGGGUCGGGACAUAUCAAUCGCUGCUGCGAAAUCACCAUUCAUGCUGACCGACAAGAAGGCAUACACGGCAUGGGUGGACUAUGCGCCAGGAGACCCUGGCACCAUCCUGGUUUACCUGUCAAACACCACAGUCAAGCCGGCUAAGCCGCUGCUAGAAAGGCGGCUGUCACUGUGUGCAUUGCUGCAACCGGGGCCGCCGCAGGCAGAGCAGGUGGAGCAGCAGCGGCCGCGGGCGUUCUACUUUGGCUUCGUGGCGUCCACCACAGUCAAGCCGUUCAUGAUUCACACCAUUCUCAGCUCUGCCCUGCGCACAGACGCUCCUCCUGCACGGGGAACUGUCAAUAUCAAUCCAGCCUACGGUCUUAACAUAGCAUUGAACACGUAUGUGCCCACAAAAGCAAGCCCCUUCCCGCGGUAUGUGAGUGCGGACUACCGAGUGUCUGCCGGUCAGAAGGACUCGUGGGUCUUCAGGGACCUCCACUCCUGGGACGCCGUGCCCUUCCUCGGCUGGCCAGUCAAGGACCAGGGCGACUGCAACGCAUGCUGGGCGUUCGCAGUGGUGUCGAGCAUAGAAGAAGCGUACGGCAUUGCAACAUAUCUUGAGGUGCCGAAGCUGUCAGUAAAUUCAAUCUUCACAGCCAUGGGCCUCACCACCCAGGAAGACAGGUGCACUGCUGGGGGAUCCCCGACUGAAGCCUUUGAGAAGCUGCUGGCUCUGCCUAAAGGGGGACUCAACAUGGAAAUCAAUCUGAAUGUAACAUACCCAAUUCAGGGCUUUGAGCGCACGGCCUUCAAGGGGUAUGUGGGGCUUUUACUGGCAGUGCAGCAGCAGCCAGUGGUGGUUCACAUCGAAGCCUCUGCUGUAUCAUUCACCAAAUAUGAUGGGACGUUCAAGUACCAGGACCCUGGCUGCUAUACCGGCAACCUUAACCACGUUGUACUCGUUGUUGGAUACUUCGUUUUGAGAAAUGAUGGGAGUGAGAACCGCAUUGCCCCGCAAUUUUGGAUCAUCCGCAACUCGUGGGGGGAGGAGUGGGGCGACAGGGGCCACAUGCGCAUGGAUAUUCAGGGAGGGGAUGGCGUGUGUGGCAUCAACGUGCUGCCUGGCAUCUACCCCAUUGUCAAGAUGGACGUGUGUGGGUCGUACUUCAAGAACCCUUGUACUGUCGGCACAUGCAUCAACGAUGGCAAGGGCGCCUACUCCUGCAUCUGCCCUCCCAACUACAUCAGCAGCACAACCAUAGACAACUUCCCCACCUGCGAUCCAGCCAACACCACAGCCACCAACAUGACGGUAAUCGGUGACAACUGGUUCUGUUCAGACGUGUAUCCCCUGGCAGGACUCUUGUAUGCGCAGUUCAUUCAGCAGAACCCGACACUUGUGUGCUCCAAAGCCUUGCCUAGAGGGACGGUGAUCCAGCUUGUUGAUACUCCUGCCAUCCCCUGCACUGCAUACUUCUACACUCUCAGUGGUGACAUAUGUGUCUCCAUCGCCGAUUCUGUUCGCCUCACAAGAGACGACCUUAUGGAUCUCAACCCCGGCCUUGACUGCACGCAAACCAUCCAGCCUGGCCGUUCUAUCUGUGUGGAGCGCAACGAGACUUAUGCCUACAGCGUCCCGGAGUGUGUGAAAUACGCCACGCUCACAGCGCAGGACACGUGUGAGCGGCUGCUGCAGGGGUUGGGACUGCAGAACAAUCCAUCCAACUGGGCCAAGCUCUACCGCAACAAUCCCGGCCUUGUCUGUGCCAGCACAAAUCCUGGCUCUUCCUCGGCUGAUGGAAGCAAUGCUGGCGUGCAGGUGUGCCUGAAAGCGGAAUACUGGUCAUUUCAACUUGGCAAAUGCACCAAGGGCCGGCCCUAG